GUGGAAAUCUAACUGCAACCAGCUUCACACGGAACCGCCGGCCCUCGCAUCGAACCAGAGUACCGGGUUUGGGGCGAAAAAAAAAUAUGGAAGGGUGGAUAAUUUGGUAACUGGUGCCAGCAGGCAGCAGGCAGCAGCAGCCACCAUCAAGGGGGGUGUGAGAAUGUGUUUGUGGAGAAGGUGUGUGUAUAAAAGAUGCCGACAAGUGUACCAACCAGCACCAGUCAUUGUCAGUUCGUUCGUUCGUUCAGUUUGGUACCGAAAGGUUUUAUUCUUACGCGUUACGUGAAGAUGUGCAGCAAGGUGCUUAUCCUCGCCACCGUUAUGGUGUGCAGCGUCGUGUUGGCUGCUCCCCAGAAGCGUCUAGGUGGACCCGUACUCGGCACGGCUGAGUCGCAAGCUGUCAUCUUGGCGCAGGAACAUAACCACGACCCGAGCGGUGCGUACAACUAUCGUUACGAGACGAGCAACGGUAUUGCGGCACAGCAGACAAGCUACGACGGUGCUAAUGCGGCCGGUGAGUACUCGUACACCGGACCGGACGGUGUGCUGUACCGCGUGGCAUACAAUGCCGAUACGUACGGGUUCCAGCCGCAAGGAGCCCAUCUGCCGGUGGAACCACCGGUACCGGACCAUGUGCUGAAAUCGCUCGAGGAGAUCCGUGCGAAUCCACCGCGUGAUCAGGAAUUUAAUCUUGCUGCGCUGGAUGCGCAGAUUGCACGACUACGGGCAACCCUGGGCUAGGAGCAAAUGGUGCAAAUGGUUGUGAUUAUGAUUGUAUCACCGAUGGAGCUAGCAUUUCUUGGUGGAUAUAUUACGAAUUAAAAAAAAUAAAUCAAAAAUGUUUCGAACGAUUUUUCCAAA